AUGCUUUCGGUCAUAGCAUUUGGAUAUAGUUCCACAUCUGUUUUUGAUGCUGAGCCGCGUUGGUUAAGCUCCUCAGGAUUAAAUCCAGACUGCAACAAAUUCUAUCGGGAAACUACCUCCCUUAGGGGCUUCGCUUUCUUGCUUUCAAGAGCUAGAGUAAAAGGAUCCGAACACCAACCAGCUUGGCUAUUUCUAAUCCUAAAUACUCGACUGAUGAGGGGAAAGAGCUCCCCAAGGGCCAAUGUUUCAGUGAGAUCCCGAGUUGUUUCACGAAAUCAUCCUUUUUCGCGGGAGUACAUCCAAGACCAUAGGUUUGUGGUAUUGACAAGAAUAGUAUGUUCUUAUCCUGCUGCUGAGAUGACAAGGAAAGACCUUGAGGAGAUCAGCAAGAGCUGGUGA